AAGUUUGACGGGAGAAAACUUUCAAAACAGCAAACAAAACUGUGUAAACAAGACGCCUCGGCUUUUCAGAGAGGCACGUUUUGCAUUAUUCCAGGUUUCGAAUAACACACAAUACAUCGAUUGUACGCUUUGAAAGGAUUUAAAACAAAGCAAAAUCACAGUUUGUAAAGAAUAAAAUGGUAAGUGAAGCCGAUUCAAGUGAUACCGACCGCUGUCCAGCGCUAGCAAGCGAGGGCGGUUCUAAAACAGAAUAUCCUGCCGAACCAACGGAAGACGCCGAAGAGUCGGCACAAAAACAGCGCCAGACUUUUUGUUGCGAAGAGUGUAAAAUCGUUUUUCGUAAACGUGAUCAUUAUGACCGGCACCGUUUUACGCACACCGGCGUGCGAGAGUAUCGAUGUCCGCAAGCGGAUUGCUCGAAGGAGUACACAAACCGAACGCAUCUCAACCGUCACAUCCGGACAAAUCACGCAGAGAAACCAGCCCAACCGGGCAAGCCGAUCAACUGUAAGCACACUGGUUGCGUGAAAAUGUUUUCAACAGAGCUCGGGAUGCGUCGGCACUACGAGCUGAAGCACAUACUGGGAAAAUCCUGGCCGUGUCCCGAUUGUGGGGAAAGAUUUUGGCGCAAACUUCAACUAAAGCAACAUUCGUUUAAACACACCGGCCAAUAUCCCCACCGGUGUGACAUCUGCGAGAAGGGUUUUAUGAAUCUGAAAUCGCUUCGAAACCACCGGACGACGCAUGCGCUCCACAAGUGCGAAUCAUGCCCGGCGGAGUUUACGCGAUGGACCGAUUUGGUGGCUCAUAGAAAGUUACAGCACGUGACUUUCUAUCAGUGUGAUAUCUGUAAGGGAAAGUUCCCUACCAAGAGGAAUUUGAAGAUGCACAUAAAGAUACACUGCGAGAGUCAGGAAGUGUUCCAGUGUCCCCACGAGGGAUGCCCUAAAUUCUACGAGUACGAACGAAAUUUGAUGGCCCACAUUCGGUCGAAGCACGAAGGCACUCGAAAGUACGUCUGCUCCGUUCCGGAGUGCGCUCGCGCUCUAGCUACCAAGCAAAAGCUAGAUCAGCAUCGCCGAAUGCACGAAUCCGCUGCGCGGAGCGUCCCCCGGAUGAAAGUUCCCAGCAGCACCAAGCGAAAGGACAGUGGAUUGCCGAAACGGUCGAGCGCUGCUCGAUUGGCUAAUGUGCAGCUGGAGCCUCACGCUGAACGUAUUCUGAUUCAGCAGAGCCCAGACCGAAGACCACCGGUCGAGUUUGAGUGCACGGCUUCGCUGGAUUCGGCCUCCGAAUCGGAGCUGGAAACUAGUGGAAAGGUGGAGGGUAUUUUGCAAGGUCAGCUGGCUAAGAUACAAGAGCAAAUUCGGCUGCUGCGAGAUCAGACGGUAGGAAGAGCAGCGAAAGGUGUUGAAUAAAAGGUCAAAUCCUGUUUGGUGGAACAUGAGUAUUAUUUAGAUUUAAUGCUUCUUUUUAUUGUUAGUAUAUUACUAAUUACCAAAAAGCUACCAGUGAAAAUUAGUUUAGAAGUUGAAUAGGUUUUGAUCUUUUAAACAAAAUCACAAUAAAUAGUCACAAGAAACAUUAA